AUGUCCAGUUACACCUGCAUUUGCAAGCGCUCUUUUACUGCUCAGAAUUAUUACACUCAACACCAGCACUCAUGUUCAGCCACGAAAAAGUGUCUAUCAUCGGCGAUCUCGUCCUUGAAAGACUUCAUUGGUUGCAAGAAAAAGCUGCGGAUCUCAAAGAAGGCGACUGUUGCUGCAGUUGACAAUACAUCAACCAUUCUAUCAUCUGCUUUGUCUACCGUUGAAGCCAAUGCUUCACCAUGUUCUGAUUUGGCGAAUCCAUCCCUCCAUCAUCCAGCAGAGGUUGAAAUUGAUGAAUUGGGAGUAAGGCCUCUCGAUGUUGGAGAGGACUUAAGCUUAACACAACACAGGCCGAGGCGUCAGAAUCAACAGCUGCCUCUGAGAUUCAGGGACAUGCUUCCCCAACCCCCACCUACCAUUCCUGCUGAACUCAGGGAUCAAAUUCCUGAAUAUGUAGGACAUCUUGUUUAUGCAGCAGUCCAGCCAAUGUUACCUGUGCGCACAGUAUUUCGCACACCCCCAAACAUUUUCGGCCUCAUUCGCCAAUAUUUCUCCGCAACACCACCAUCACAUGAUCCGGAGGAGUACGUCACUAUGACAGACCUCUCGUUCAUACCUAGCACCUCUCAAGUCAUUGAGGCAACUCAGGAACCUCCUAGCCGUGGUUACUACCCCUAUCCUAAUCAAUUGUCCUUUCAGCUUGAAUUGCUGGAGAUUUUGGGCAGUCCUUCUUUCAACGCUGCCAAUGUGAGCUCCACAAAAUGGAAGAACAUCAAUUAUGUUCUAGGCUCAAAUGAGUACCAGGAGGGAGAUGGAGAAGAAUGGGAGGAUGAAGAUGCUGGAUGGCGUAGAAGCCUGAUCUCCAUCAAGGUGCCUUCAUCACGCACCACCAAAAAUCCAGGUGCUCAUACUUAUGAAGCAGCUGCCCAUUUAUAUCAUCGGUCCCUUGUCGCUGUUUUGAGGGAGAAGCUUGCUAAUCCCUGA